AUGCAAGACGAAGAAAAAAUUUUAGAAUAAUUAAAAGAACUUGACAAAGCAUAAGACAAAAAUCCAGUAUACUCCAUUAAUCUAAUUUAAUUUAGGUCACCUUGGCAUCCCUAAAAAACCUAAAAUCAGCCAUCUAUAACAGAGAUGUGGAUUUAUAAACUGUAGUGAAAUUAAGAACUUUAAAUGAAACCACAUUGAAAUCAGAAAAUAUCAAAAUAUAUUUCUGCUCUCUCUGUGGAAAGAAGGCAAUAGGAGCAAAUAUAGGAUUAGAUACCCUUCCAACGAGAAGAUCAGAUAAUAGCAUUGCAAUCAAUUUAAAACAAAUUUUUAUAAGACUAUUUCUAAAAUAGGAAGGGAUUAAAUAUAUAAAGCGUUCGAAUUGUAUAAUUAUCCACCUUAUUAUUUUAAGGCGUAGAAAAACAGUAUCGGUGGUGUUGUGAAGAAUGCGGUGUUCAUGUAGCAUAUUAAUGUGUAAGCUAUGAAGAAGGAGCAGAAUUAAUUUAAGGGAAUUCAGAUAUCUAAUUAUCAAAUAAACCUUAUCUCUAUGUCCUUAAUGAUGCAAUUGUUUUAAAUUAAUAAUUUUCAAAAUUACAUAGUGAAAUAGCUAAACUUAAAGAUUAGAUGGAAUAUGAAUAAUUAAAAUGA